AUGCUUCCCUUUCCUCUCGAAUGCCGCGACAUACGGCGCGUUCCUUACCUGCCCGACCCACACUACCUCCUAGUUCUCGAGGGGCAGUCUUCUCCGCCGGAACGCCCUCUAUUCUCAUGGGAGAAGACGAUCUGCAACGCACAAGUCGACUAUCAAGGGUGGUGGGGCCCUCACGAAUGGUCCUUGCUUCCUCAACUGUACGACUGCAACUCCCCCUGGCUUGCUUUCCUACCAAUCCACCACGAUCGCCACCACAUAUCACGCCAGGACAUCACCCGGGACAUGAUUGUCGACGCGCCUCGACUCGACAGCUCGUACCGCGCGAAGCAGCCACUGCUGUUUGCACCGGGACCCGAACUGAAGGAACGACUGCGAUCAUACGUCGACCAUGCUGUGGAGCAGGCUAAAGCAGUGCUAGAAUGCCUGAAGUCGGACCGCAACGGAAAAGGCAAGGAGCAUGCAGCCUGGCCCACAGGAGCCAACGAGCGCGCUACAUACCUGUUCCGGCAACUCUUGGCCGGUGUUCCUUCUGUCAAUGCAUUCAGACGAGCUCUCACUUGCUUACGGCGCGCCACGGGCGAACUUGAAGCCUUCGCAAUCUGGGGAAACAUCCUGCGGGAACGUGGAGAACAGCGCUCGAGCAACCUCAAGACCUACCGAAGUGAGAGGAACGUCGACUUUCGCGGUGUCUAUCUUCACGGCGAUCGCGAGCAGUGGUUGGAAGAGGGUUCUGACGUGAGGCGCGUGUACAGAGAAGUAAAGGAGUGGGGUGUGCCUGUAUACGCAUUGGUGAAAGGGAUGGACUGGGAUAUCACGCCGUUCAUGGCUCUGGGGAAGAGCAUCAGCCCUCUCCCUCGCGCAGAAGCGAUACAAGAACGUGAAGAGCGUCAACUACCGUUCUACUGCUACCCGCCUAAAGUCGACGGAACGACUUUCGAACGCGCGGCGCGAGGGCUGGCUCAUCAUGACGAGGAGGGCAAGAAGGGAGAGAUUGAAAGGUUGCGCGGCUUGGAUAGCAGACGGCAGAAGACGCAAGUUGAACAGAGCAACGCCUCAAAGGCGCCUUCGAACUGGCAUAAAGUAGUAGGACCCGAUAAGCGCGCACACCCAGAAGUUCAAGCCAGGGUCAACCCGAAGCACGGACCGCCACCAUUCAUGCCGUACUGGAAGCUAUCGGACCCGCUGGCCAUGCACACUCCCGAACACCUCUCCGUCAACGCUGGAAAGGGAACUUUCUUACCAAGACCAUCCGCCAUAUGGGGUAUCGAAGGGCCCCGGAAGAUAACCUCGCUCGAGACGCUCACCGCCAUCUGGAAGUUACUGGUCCUGCGCCCUUGCCUGUUCAAGCGCGGAGAUCUCACAGUCGAGCAGGCAUACCUCAAAGCGCAGGACUGGCGCGACAUACUCAACCGCGCGGCUUCCGACACCCGCAUGUCGACCCUGUGGACGAACGGCAAGCCAGAACUCUGGGGUUCGCGGCUUCAAGUGUCAGUACAACAGCGCGUCGCCCAGAUCGUUGGCGAGCCCACGCUCAAGAAGAUGGACUGCUACAUGCGUUGCUCGCCAGUGGGGCGGUUCAGCAUCGAAAACGACCCGCACCGUCACCUGGAACAGCUAGUUCUAGUACGCCUCACGGAGCUACACGUCCUGCACGACUUUGCGUCGUAUCAUCCAGCCCUCCAGCAUACCAUAAACGGCCGUUGGUGUCCUCCACCGUUCGACGCAGACGAAGCUCUAGAAGACCGGCCGGGUGCAUUCGAGGAUCUCUGCGCGGAUGUCUCUGAAGCAGAGAAGCGGGCGAUGGACGAUAUUCUGAGGGUCGUGCGUUGGAAUGGACCUGACGGGGCCCGUGCGUGGCAGAUGGAAGAUGGCGACUCGUAUCGCCGGUGGCUGGGGAGCUUCAGAAGCCUUCUGAAUGGCUGCCCGAACGCCUGGGUGAACAAUCCUGAAUUGGAGAGGCUGACCAGCACGCAUCCAGAAUGGGAUCCGUUGACAUGCGACCUCGGGCAGGCCGACGCGCCGAUCCGUCGGGUAGCGCGGCUGUUGGUGAGUACUCAUCUGCUGCUCACGCUGCGAGUAGGACGGCUCCCUUGGCUCUGGUUUGACAAGCCUGUUCUGGAUCAUUUGGCCUGCAGUCACGAUAACCUGUAA